AUGAUUGACGGCGGCUCGACGCGCAUCGGCAUGUACCUCGGCGCGGGCAAGCCCCAAGCCGCCAAAGCCACGAGCCACUUGGUGUUUUAUGGUAUUUUUGGUCUCUCGGUGGUCAUCGUGAUCCCGUGGCUGUGCGCGCGCUCGCACGUUGGCAAGAUCUUCUCCACGGACGUCGCCGUCGUCAGUAGCAUGGCGUCCAUUAGCACGCUCGCCGCUGCGGGCUACAUCAUCCUCUCGCUCUUCUACUACGCGAUGGCGACGCUGCAAGCGCAGGCGCGGACACUGCCCAUCAUGACCUCGCUCUUCAUUGGCGCGUGGGUCGUUGGCGUUCCCGGCGCGUACGCCUUUGGCUUCCCUGCCGGCCUUGGCCUUCUCGGUAUUUGGGUUGGCAUGUCCGUGGGGUACAUUGUCACUACUGUCCUCGGUGUCUACUUUACGUACAAGUCCAACUGGGAGAAGGAGGCCAAGAAGGCUGUCGAGCGAAGCAAGGGGCGCGACGACGGCGAUCACUUGGUGGUGGAGCUCGAGCAAAACCGACGCGCCAGCGUUGACGCUGGUUUCAACACUAUGGUGACGCCCAAGGAAUGA